AUGCAAUAUUUUGACGGGACUACUGCCGCGGGUGACCUCUUUGCGGACACCAUCACGUUCGACGGCAUCUCGGUGAGUAACAUCACGUUCGGAUGCGAUUACACGGGCACUAACGAGGUUGGCACGGUUGGGCUAGGGGGCGGAGAGCUGUCGCUCGUGCGUCAGCUGGGGCAGGGGAGUUUCUCCUACUGCCUGGUGUCGGUGACGGACGAAAAAAACACGAGCAAGAUGAGUUUCGGCAGCCCCGUGGCUGGAAAAGGGGUUGUGUCGGUACCUCUGCUGCAGAGGCCGAAAACCAAGAGCUUCUACGUUGUGGCUCUGGAAGGGAUGAGCUUUGGGCAGACGAAGGUGGACACUUUAUCGCCCCCGGUCGACAUGAUUCUGGAUAUAGGGACGACCAUGACACUGCUGCCGCAGGGUCUGUACGACAAGUUAAAGAAUGCCGUGAUUGAGUGGGCAUCGCACAAGGCACAGCUGAUGCCAGUGCAUUGCCCACGUAAUUGGAACAUAGAUUUGUGCUUCAAUAAUACGAACAAGGACUUGAGCGCUAGUUUUCCAGGUGUCACAGUUUACAUGGGCUGUAAAGCCGUGACUUUGGGGUACAACAAUGUUUUGGUAGAGGUAGGUCCAAGUGAUGAUGGUCAGGUGUUUUUGUGCAUGGCGGUUAUGCCGACACCAAACGGAGUACCUGUUUACGGCAACCUGGCACAGACUGACUUUUUGGUGGGGGUCGACCUCGUUCAAAACACUGUUUCCUUUAAGAAAACCAUAUGUGGUUAG